AUGGCACCCUCAAACAGCUCUAGGCUUGAGACUCGUAUAGGUCUUACGCUUAGCCGACUUGCAAUUAAUCAGCGUAGCUCUACUGAACCUCCUAGUACCACGCAUGACCAUGGUGAUAGUGGCGGCGUUGUGCGAUCUAUUGAUCUCAAUUCAUCGUCCAAAUGCAAUUCAUCCUCCUGUCUUGCUAACCAUCUUACCGAGCCAUCGGUUGGGGGCGGUGCCGCAUAUCCUGCUCGACCAAUUGGCCGGCCUUCAGAUGUCGGAGCGCCUAAAGUUUUUGGCAUGCCAAGUUCUUCAUCCUCUCCUUACUUGGCUUCUGCCACGCAAACGGUUGAGCCAAGACAAGGUGGAACAUCACAUGCAUAG